AAUUUUAUCCGGGAAAGGGAGGAGAUGUAAAGAAAGUAUACUUUCUUCAGGUAGAUUUGCCGCGCGUCUCAUGACCCGCCCUUCCAUUGUACUUUGUUAUUUACAAAUUCUUUUUGUUACCUACAAAUAGAGCCGUUAAGAUUUAGAAGAGAAACGGGCAGUAGAAAAAAGAACAUAGAAGAGAAAGUUAGCACGAGAGUUUAUAAGGAAAUUUAUACUAGAUAAUAUGUAUUAAAUAACAUUUAAAUAGUGUGAAUAAUAAACGUAAAUUGUCGUUUCUUUGUUCACAGAAUCUGUUUAGAUCUUAUUCUACAUAAACAUUUCACAUUUUCUAAGAUAUGGCUAUGUUAUGGAUAUUUCGAAAUGCAACAAAAAAAUUUGACUGUAGCGAGAAAAACAUUAGUAUGGUAUUGGAUGUGUAUCCCAAAGACAAAUUGUUCCGUGGUUACAAUGAUUUAGAGGUACAAUCUAGAAAAUUUGACAGAUGCAGGAUUCUGUAUGAAAAAUUAUUUGAAUUUGCACUUCAAAACUGCACAAUUUUGGAUAUGCCUGAACUUUUAUGGAAGUCAUAUAUAGAUUUUGAAAUAUCUCAGGAUGAAAUAGAAAAUACCAGACAACUAUUUGAGAGGUUAUUAGAACGAAAUGUUUAUGUCAAAGUAAGCGUGAUUUCAUGGUAUAAUUAUAUAUAUGUAAAGAAAGUACACUUUCUUCAGGUAGAUUUGCCACAUGUCUUAUAGCUCGCCCUUGCAUUGUCCUUUAUUAUUUACAAUUUCUUUUGUAACCUACAAAUCGAGUCGUUAAGAUUUGGAAGAGAAACGGGCAGUAUGAAAUAUAACAUAGAAGAGAAAAGCAACGCGAGAGCUAGAAGAAGAUACAGAAGAUAAAAGAAAUAAAAUUUAACAGUGUGAAUAAUAAACAUUAAUUGUCGUUUCUUUGCUCACAGAGAAAUAUAUUUUCGUUUAUCACCUCCCAUAAUCCAUACGAGAUAUUAUAU